UUUUGAGAUUUCUGCCCUUUAAAGCUCGAUCGCAUUACGUAAUUGAGGCAUGGAAAAAAGUAUCGGCGGAAAGGCUAAACAUCAGAAUGUAGAAUCUCCUAAGGACGGUUGAAAGCGGCCAUCCAAAAGAAAUAAUAAAUUAUGGGAGGAGGGGAGGAAAUGUGCAUGGUUUUGUGUUGGAGAGAUUCUCUUGCAAGGUUUCUUGCAAGGCGGGGCCUUCAAGGAGAAGCUCCAAGCGAGCAGGGAUCUUGAGUUCGUUUUUCUUGCGAUCCCUCCUUAAAAGAUCCCGGGGUUGGGCAGAGAUUGGACUCGGCAGUGGCCUUCCUUCUUCCAGGACGAUGCUCCUCCAUGAAGAACGAAAGCCCUUCCCAAGGUUAAUGGUAUCGUACAUUGCAACUUUAUGGACUGCCAGUGAAUAUUAGUCAUGCCGGUGGAAUGGAGAAACUGAGUAAUCAAGAACUUGAGAAUUUAGCUUCUUCAACCCAUGAUCAGGACAAAGGCAGUGUGAAGCAGGGCAGUUACAACAUUAACAUGUUUCCUUUGUGCAGAAAUCAUGGAGGGAGUAAACGAAAUCAAGGCUACUACAGUACACAAGAACAGUCUGGGAACAAUCCUAACAACUUGAGCAAUAGUCCACAAGUCCAAGCCCCAGAGAAAGUGACUCUUAUUGUAGAUGGAGCAAGAUUUGUUGUAAACCCACAAAUUUUCAUAGCCCAUCCUGAUACAAUGUUGGGAAGAAUGUUCGGACCAGGACGAGAAUAUAACUUCACUCGUCCAAAUGAAAAGGGUGAAUAUGAAAUUGCAGAAGGCAUCAGUUCCGCUGUUUUUCGGAUUGUGCUGGAUUAUUACAAAACUGGAAUCAUUCACUGUCCUGAUGGAAUUUCUAUUCCUGAUCUCAGAGACACUUGUGACUAUCUUUGCAUCAAUUUUGAUUUCAACACAAUCAAGUGUCAAGAUUUAAGUGCAUUAUUGCAUGAACUGUCCAAUGAUGGGGCUCAUAAGCAGUUUGAUAGCUAUUUGGAAGAGUUAAUCCUGCCAAUAAUGGUUAGUAGUGCUAAAAAAGGAGAGCGUGAAUGUCAUAUUGUCGUAUUAACGGAUGAAGACAUAGUGGACUGGGAUGAAGACUAUCCACCUCCAAUGGGGGAAGAAUAUUCACAAAUUCUGUAUAGUUCUAAGCUCUACAGAUUCUUCAAGUACAUUGAGAAUCGGGAUGUUGCAAAAACUGUUUUGAAAGAACGAGGCCUCAAAAAUAUAAGAAUUGGCAUUGAAGGUUACCCCACUUGUAAGGAGAAAGUGAAAAAGAGGCCUGGAGGACGCUCUGAAGUUAUCUAUAACUAUGUUCAACGUCCAUUCAUCCAGAUGUCUUGGGAAAAGGAAGAAGGAAAAAGUCGGCAUGUUGAUUUCCAGUGUGUUAGAAGCAAAUCUCUAACAAACCUUGUAAUGGCAGGUGAAGACGUAGCAGAAGAUCAAGAGAUUAUGUUGCAUCACCCUCCCCAGGUAGACGAGCUUGAUCGAUUAAAUGCACCACUCUCUCAAAUGGAUGCCAAUGAAGUGGCAGAUUAAUUAAGCAGCACAAAUGACUCUCAAAUGGACUUGACUGAGCUUUUGGGUGGAGACUUAAUGCCCAUUUCAGAGCCGAAUUUUCUUGUCAUGGUUGCUAUAGUUUCCAAAUAUAGUCUCUUCAAGCCCGGAAGACUAUUAUUAUUAUUUUUUAUCAAAUUUGCUUCUUGAGGGUCCCAAGCAUUCUCUUAGGACAACUGGAAAUCUGAGAAUUAAGUUAACAUUUAUCCCUGUGGCUAAAUACUUGAAUUGGAACUAAAAGAAUGGAAACCUAUUUUCAACUCACUUGAAUUGAAAGGAUUGUUUGAUUAUAUGUCAAGUCAUUUUCGAUUCCUACCACUUAGAUUUUCUCCAUGAUGAUCUGUCCCUAAUUUGUUUGUUCAAGUCUCCCAACAGUGCACUCCCAAUGUCCCUGCCACUGUCCCCCCCAUCUUGCUGCUGGUUGUCCUCCUCUUCUCUUUUCCUUCCUGCUUUCCCAGCAUUAGAGCUUUUUCUCGAAAAACUUUGUGUAAAAUAUUAGAAGUGGGAUAAUUUGACACUGGUCAUUUGUGCCUCAAGUGAUAAAGUCUACGUUGAGCUGUUUGAGGUUCCAUUGAAUUGAAGGAAUACAACAUAAAAAUGUGUUUAAGUCUUCAUUAACAUUAGUCUACACAGACUCAGUUUUAAAAGGUACCAUAUCAUGAAGGAUUCCAUUGUGGUAUUACAACCAUUAUCAGCAUCAUAGCAAUGAGUUUGGUACCCUUCAUCCUCCAUUACCUGACUGAAGUAGAUAGUUAUAGAGAAACACCACACCUACGAUGCAUGCACUUUUGUCACCUUUCUCUUCAAUUUCCUAAUACUGACAUAAUAGCUCAGAAAGGAAGAUCAGACACACUUACCAAGGUAAGCACCAACAGGGAGAAAUUGGAAUCUGUGGGUGCCCAGUGAACUACUCAAAUUAGUUACAAGGAAAGGACCAAUCUUACUUUACAUAUAUGCCUAAAUUGUGCUUACUUACUGGAAAUAAGCUACUGGAGUACAAAAGAAAGUACCACUUGCAGAAAACAAUGGGCUCAAACAUUCAAGCAGUAACACUGGAUAAACGAAGAUGGCUGAACAUCCUCUCCACCCAAAGCAAAGGCUGCAAAGCAGCAUUACUUGAACAGAAAGAACUUUCUUGUGGAAGGAUUCCACAGCAUUUUUUAAGAAAGUGACUGUUGCAGGAAAGCCUCCACUGCAGCAGCUAUCGUGAGUCUUGAGUAUGGUAAACCCUUUGUGGUUGUUUCAUAUAAUCCGUCCUCUUGGCUAAAGAUGUUAAUCUUUGAUACUAGCAAGGAUGUCAGGUUUUAUGUCAUUACUUCUCAGCAUUUUGGCUAAGAUCAAUUGUAGGAGUACGUUUCCUAGCUGUCUCAGCACCUUGGGACAGAGUGCUUGAGACUGGCCCUUGAAAGAGUCAAUUGGGAAACAUAAUCAGCAGGCUCAGUAGAAAGUUAUAUAUAGCAGGAGUCCUCAAACUCUCAUAAGUGCAGUUCACAAAAAUGAUAAAAUGAGUUUCUGUGAUCCCCUCCUCUCAUUAACAACUUAUUUUCAUUGGGAUUAUGGUUGGGCAAUAAAUAAUAAAACAUUUUAAUAAUGGAAAUUGAAUUCAUGUAUCAAAUCAAGCCAUGAUAAAACUUUACAUUUAUUGUCAGAACAGUGGAGGAGAUCCCCACUUCUAUGAAUAAAUGCCAAAGUUAAUAUUAAGGGGAAAAGUUUUUUUUCCUUUCCGUUCUAUUAUAAUUUGCCUUCUUAUAAUUUGAAAUGAUUAUAGAGCAUCUUGCACUCUGGAAUGAUGGAGAACCGGUCUUGUCCUUUUUGUUCAGGUACAGUAUUUCUUCAGAUACAAGAAUAUUAUACCUCCGUGCCCCCUUUUUUUCUUUUUCACAGCUAAGCAUUCCUAAUUCCUAAAUCUUCUUUUGUAAUAAGACUUGGUUUCUAAUCCGCUGCUAAUUCUUAUUUCCCUUUCUGAAUCUGUUUAUCUAAAUCUUUUUUAAACUGUGGUACCUAGAACUAGAUGCCGUAGUCAAUAUUGGGAUCAGUGAGUGCAUAAUCUUAUGCAAGCCACAUUGUAAAGUAAGUUUGAAUAUGGAAUACAAUCAGCUCAUUCUCAUACAAAUUAAAUAUUUCCUUGGAGGCCUGUCAUCUAAACAAAUUUGUUUUAAAUUUGGCAAUUUCUAAAUUGGUUGACUUUUUUUCCCGAUUUUCCAAUGUCAGUAAUGCAAAUUUGGUUAUCAUAUCUAAUGUAUUCCAUGGUAUUUACAUGUUGAUGGGCUACAGUGUUCCAACAGUCCCAGAAAGCAUGAAUGGUGAAGGGUGAUUUAGGAAAAUCAUGGUUUCAGUGGGUACAGACCAAAGCUGAAUCUAACUCACUGGAUAGAUAAAAUAAAAAAGUAACUUUUAAAUUAAAACAAUAACAAAUUCAGGUCUGUGGCGUUUAGGCUCAUUGUAUCCCAGUGAACUGAAUAUCAUCUAUCUCACAUGCAAAGGCCAGCAGCAUUUCUUGUAGAACUACUCUGGUCUCUAGAGUGAGCAUUAGAGGCAAUACAAAUUCAAAAGUUACCCACACAGAUUUAUUCUAAAAAAAUAUUUAAUUGAGGCAAGUUUUUAUUUUCCUCCCACUGCAUUUGAGCAAAUGGAAAAUUUCAAUUCAGUAAUCACAACCUUGUUCUUUUGUUAUUGUGAUUUAGUUUAUAAGUUAAAUCAAUGCUUAGCAUUUACAAGUUCAUGCUAUUUCAGUAUUUUUUGUAAAAGUUAUUUUAUAUACUUCUUCAUAGACUUUAUUAAAGUAUGUUUUAAUCUA